ACAGUCCGUCAGGUAGAAGUCCGUAGUAAGAUGGAUGUAGUAUCGCGACUCAGUAACCAUUAGUAGCCCGGAAUAUCCGUGCGCGAAAGACCAGUGCAUUGCGCGCCACCGCUCACCUCGUGGCUCGCAGAGCACACGACGUUUCGCAAUCCUGCUGAUCGGGCGCGACAUAUCCUAUUUCCACGGCACCGCUUGCGAUAUGUUCGGCUAACGAGAACCGGAUGGUAUGUGCGGUGUUGGGGCCUUUCUUGGACUUUUGGCCCUUCUGGGUGCUGCGACCAGAGUUCGUUCGAGCGAGUUCCCGGAACGGGAGUGCUGCGAUUUACCACCACCUGGUUCGCCGACGACACCAUCCCCGACGGUUCCACCAGGUCCCGUUGGAUCAAGUGUCAAAACCACAACAGCAACACUAAACUGUUUACUAGCUAGACAGUUUUGUUUUGAAGAUGCAUCCUGUUCUGCAAUCCUAGAAAUCAUCCCAAGGGUAUGCGGACCGGAGUUAGUGGCCUGCUCAACGGUGACCGUCACGAAGUGUCAGGCGGCUCUGCGAACUCUCCAAGCUUUUCCGUUCUUCAAACCAACAUGUUUAUGCAGACCUCCUCAAGUGGAUCCAGAAUGCAAUACUUUUCGGGAUUUCUUGUUCGACCAUCCUUGCGUUUUCGUCACGAAAAAAGAAAAAGAUCCUUAUCCAGUAGAUGCCCUGCCAACCUGCAAUCAUGCACUGUCAGUUUGUCAGCAAGAGCGCAAAUGCAUAAAGUUAUACGAAGAUUUCAAAACCAACUGCAAAGUGAGAGAUAACAAAUGCCGAAUGGAGGACAGAGAUUCGUGCCAUGAGGCUUGGGCCAAUUUACGACGAUCACCGAUGUUCGGAUGCAUUUGUCCGAAUAACCAUAUGAAAAAGAGGUGCGAUCGCAUUUUUUCCAUGGUCAACCACAAUCCUUGUGUGGACACAUUUCCAGUACCUACUUCCUAUGCACAAAACCCUUUAGAACCUCUCGAUCUAGAUAUGUUUAGGAAGACAGGGGCGUCCCCUUCUGUCCGAUACCCCCACUUAUCCGAUCCCUCGCACGGCACUGCUAUGGACACUUUUCGCACGCAUCGCACCAAUGAUGGCACCGGCACAGACAACAACAGCCCUGAUUUUGAGUCGAUAGAUUCCUUAAGGUUACCAGAAAUCAUCGAAAAGGCUUCGGACAAUGCGUCUACCUCAUUUGACUACGGGCUAGGCAUUGCCAUUGUCGAAAACCCGCUAAUUGACGCGGAGAAAGGAUAUGAUGCCCAUCAUGACCACGAUCAUAUUAGCGUGAGUGUUCUUAGGAACAAAGGCAAGACAACAGCCCUUAACUUCAGCCACUAUCCUGAGGAAGAGGGAUCACACAUUGGACCCUCCAACUAUCACCAAAAAUAUCCAAGUUCAUCAGAUAUUGGACGGUCAGAAAACGAUGUCUCCAAGAUGAUAUUCCAAAGUACAUGUCAUGUGGCAAUGGAUAGUUGCAAUAAUAAUUACCAUUGUCGAAUGUCACUGUCUCCAAUUCUCCAUCACUGCGAUAUAUCACGUUGUAACAGAAACUCUUGCAUGGAAGCUCUUCAGGCAUUUUACAGAAAACCCAGCCUGCCUUGGAAUAUGGAGAUUGCCUUUUGUUUGUGCAAGAAAACCAAUAAUAAACAGGAUGCUUGCCUCGUUGCACAGGAGAAACUACAUCCUGUUUGUGCACAGAGGGUAGUAGGAGCUCCUCAACCUACUUGCCUAUCUUUGGCGGAAGUGUGCAGAGAUAACAAAGAAUGCAGAUCUAGAUUGGAACAAUAUGAGCAAUCUUGCGCUGUUGACAGCGUGACUAAAAAAUGUGCUGGUUCUCCAAGUGAUUGCAGAUCAGCAAUGUUGGGUAUAUUAGGCACUGACCUUAGAACAACAUGUGCUUGUAAAGGUACUGAUAUGACACAAAUCUACGAAUGUUUAGGCUGGCAAAGACUACUCUGGGUUAACCCAUGUGUAGUGGAAUCGCAAAAAGAUUUCCAUAUGUUAAAAGCUGCCGAGUUGGCGAAAUAUACUACAACUCAAGCACCUACAAGGAUUAUCCCUCCAAGGAUUGUAACAACAAAAUCACCAAUGCCGAUAUUCGUGACAGUUAUGUCAGCUACAGAAGCGUCAUUGCAUACCAGAGAAAAUACAAUGCCAGAACUUAUUCCACCACCACAACCAUUCAUUCCAACAUCAACAACCACAACAACUACAACUACUACAACUCAUAGGCCAACUACCACCACAAUGAAGACCACAACCAUACCACCAAGAUACUGUGUUGUGCAGAGACCUCAGUUUCCAGAUCAGUACAUCAAAGAAGGCAGUUUCAAAAGGAUAUAUCACGAGGACGAAUUCGAAUGUUCUGACAUAUGCGAAUGUGAAGUUGGUGAGAAACUGUCAUGUAAAACGAUCUGCAUAGAUCGGAUGCCUUGCAAAACGGAAUUCGCAUUCUAUAAUCAUGCCGCACCUGCAUACCAGGCAUUCAGAGGAAGAUGCCUCUGCUACUCUGGACGUUUCAUAUGCAUAAAACCUUCCCCUGGCGACUACAACCUACCACAAGGGGUGUUCCUUUUUUUGGGCUACAGUGAGGCCGAUGAAAAAGAACUGAACAAGAAUCAAACCAGAGUUUCGGUGCAGGAUAUAGUUCGCAUAUUGCAGACCUUCAUAAAGGAGGAAGCUGUGAAUGGGACCCUGUGUUCGUUGGAAUUAUUUAAUAUCACAAGGGAAAAUGUGAUCAUAAUUGGAAAGUUAUCGGAGGAGGUGGAUUAUAAUACGUUGUCUCCUACUGAAAGUUUCCACAAAGAAAAGGAGGAAUGUACAGAACUAAUGGAAAUAAUCAGCGAUAGAAUAAAUUCUAGAAAUCCUGAUUUCAUAUCGCACCUUCUGCUGUCCAUUUUCAAGAUGGCAGAAGUUGAAAUAAUUCAAAUAGAACACAGUUCUAACGCUAUUAGGUUUAAUAGUAAGUUUAAUGUUGUAGUGGCAAUGGCUAUGUUAACGACUAUAUUUAGGUUGCAUUCAUUAACGUCAUGACAAAAAGACUGAUUUAUAUAAGUACAAUGAAAAACAUAUCCUUAUACAUCAAACACAUGUACUAGUCAAUAUGUAGAAAUCAUGUGUCUAUAUGACACAUAACUAAAAAAAAAAAAAAAUUGGUAAUCACUUUGUACAUAUCAGUGUUGACUGUUAAUGAUAGUUGUUAGGUUGUUAACAUAACAUAGGGAUAACCACUUUCAACAAGAUCGUUGAAAACAUUCUAGAUGUAAAAAGAUACUAAAAGUUCUAGAUCAUUGUAAACAUUUAAUCGAAUUGUCUGAAAGCUGUGUCACUUGAUAUUGUGAUAAAAUCUGGUAUAUAUGGUGAGCUAUGCUGUUGAUCGACAGCUACAAAGGAAAUAUGGGUAUGAGUGAAAUCGUAGUUUUUAAGAUAGGUCGUACAGAUUUAGAAGCUUAAUCCAAAGAAGAAAAAAAUUUACGGUAGAACCUUAUUUUGAUAUUUUCAUUUUUCCUUCGAUAAAUAUCAUCUAGCACAUGACAUUUAGCAGUUUUCUUACGGAACUAUUCUCAACUAUAAAAAAAUCAUGUUGCGCAAUCAACUCAAAUACGUCUUCAGUGAAACAGAAAUCAAUGAAAAUAUAAAUUCCUUCAAAUUGAGAUUGAAUCACUUGGCUGGAAUGUCAAUACGAAAACUAUUCUUAAAACAUAUUUUGUAUAUAUAAAUAUAAAUAGAAUACGAGGCUAAUAAGUAGCACUUUCUAAACCAUCACUGCUAUAAAAUCAUAUUGCAUAAAAAAAACGUGAACAUUAACCUAACUUUGUAAUAUCGAUCAAGUGGAUUCAAAUUAAAAAAAUUGAUUCUACACUUAAGGAACUUAAAAAGAGUCUGUAUUAUGUAUUUUGAUAAUUUAAUCCCUCAUAUCCCGUUAAGAAUCAAAAAUACGAAAAUUCUUGAAAUCUGAAAGAGUCUUCCCAUUCUAAAUUUCUGCAAUAACAGACAAAAAUAGUUUUAAAAUAUAAUGGCUCCACAAAAAAAAAAGCUUCAACUUAUGUAAAGAUGUGACAGCUUCAAUCUCAUUUUCAUUUCGCAAAAAUAUAAUUAUCUACUUGAACUGAUUUCUCGAAAAUGAAUUCAAUGUUUUUCAACGACAAUGUGGAUAUGUGAAAUGUUGGAAAAGGCAAAAAAAUUGCAUUGAAAUUUAUAUUAGAAUCUAUAGACUUCUUCUAGAGGAAAUAAUUUCUUAUCGCCAUCAGUAUUUUACUCUCAACUUCAUAAGUUCCAGAAAGUAUAUGUAGGAUUCAAAACACUUCUUUCUUUCGUAACGUUUACCGAUCGAUAGAAAACUGUCGAUUCGGCCUGAUACGAUUUAACCGGAAGACCGAGAACUGACGAUCAAAAAUCUGAAAGUCAUCGUCAGUUUUAAUUUUUGGAUCGUUGAGUUCAUACAGUUUUGCAGGGCGAGUGGUCGAGGAAAAACUGACAAAUCGACAGUUCGGAUCGACAGUUAGGAUCGACAGGUCGACGGUACGCUUGUAGGUAAAUUUUCAAAAAAUUUAAACAUUUUUGUUACCAUAAAUCCUUCAAAAUGAAAUAGCGUGAAAUAGAACUAUAUUUCGUGAUGUUUUUCUACAUUUAUCAUAAAAAAACUAAAUAAAACACUGCUACGUUUUAUCAAACAGCCAAACGAACUUUAACCAUGUAUUCUUAUUCAAUUACCGAUCCUGAAACUCUUAAUGAGUGUCAUGAAUUCUAAAAAAAAAGAGUUAGAACUCUGGACGAGUCUUCCGAAAAUACAUAUCAUAUUCUAUGAAGAAGAACUAUUUAAAAAUAUUGAUAUCCUUCGAUAUUCUGCAUCGUAAAGUAUUGUUAAGCAAAUGUAUGUAUAUGAUGGAAUAUUUUAUUAUUUAUCAUAUACCUUGUCAAACCUUCAAACUGUAAUUUUUUCAGCAGACUGAUAUAAAACUCAAAACGAAAUUGUGUGAUUGAUUGGCCACUUUUUUGAGGAAAAGGUAGAUGAAAUAUUUCAGUGGCAAUCGGCGGAAGUAAAUUCCAUAAUCUUCAAUGUAUUUUCUUAUUAGAUAAUGUGAUAAAUUUUAUUCGUAUUUGAAAAACAUUGGAUAUUGAUAAACACGAUGACUGAAACUUCGUACAUAUCGUCAGUAUGCAAAAUGAAGAACAAAGCAGAAAAUUGCAGUAUUCCAAGUAGGCUGUGGCAUUGGCUUAUAGGAUAUAUUGUUCAAUUUGAUGAUUUGUCUUACUCAAAUAACACCUGAGGAGUUUUUCAUCUUUAUUUGUAACGUUAGAGCUUUAGAUGGAUAAAGAAAUGAAAUAAGGAUUCUUCAUUAUGCAUACUAAAAACUAAUGAUAAGUGGAAAUUUAAGACAGUAGAAAUUUGUAAAAGCUUCAUGGAAAACACAUAAACGAAGCACUAUUAGGCACAAAGACACCUUGUUAAAUAUACACAAGCUUCAUCAAAUUGUUAUCUGAGAUAGACUACUCAGUAAUUGUUAAAUAAUUUAACAGGAUGCAUGUACAACCUAAAUUGAUAAGGUGAAUAGUUAUUAUGAAAUUGAUAUAUUUUUACAAAAUUAUAGUGGAUAGUUCAUCUAUGACUUCGAUUAUAUAGAUGCUGAAGUGGAUAAUUAUUACCUUAGUGCAUUUAACACUCAGAAGAGUUCUCAGGUUUUUUUUUCAAUUCAAUUAUCUACUUUUGCUCAAUCUCAUGCCAAUCAAGACAUUUAAAUGAAUAAUGUGCAUAACUAUCAAUAUUCAGUUUCAGUAAAUAUAUAAAAUUAGAUUUUCCCAUUCAAAUAAAAUCAAUAUCAGAUAAUACCACGUACAGAAUAUAUUGAAAAUUAUUAUGAACUUUAAUUUCCACAAUUCAGUUUAUGAUUGUUUUCAUUUAUAAAGUGAAUUUCUUUGAAUUGUAGACUGACUCAACAAAAUAAUAAUAAUAUUUUUUAAGAAAACAGUUAAAAAAUAAAAUCUAAUUUAUAAAAGCAGAGGAUGGAAAUAAAUGAAUUAUAUUGAAGUUCAUAAAUAAUCUGAAUUACAAUAUUACUAGGAAAAACUAAUGACGAUAAAAUAAAUAAUAAUACUUCGAAUUGAAACAAACUGAGAAUUAUUUUGUGUCAUUCUGAAAAAAUCAAUGGUUUCAGCCGUUACUACUUGGUAGUUGGUCACAUAUGGCACAUUUACUAUGUAUAUACCACCAAUGUUUUAUGGUUAGUAUUUUUUGUAACUGUAGUUUCAAACUUUCUCCCAUCUUUAGAAGAAUGGCAAAAAUAACUGAAAGCACAACCAAACUUAACAUACCACCUUUAUAUACCAGUGGUGACGCCAGCUCAAAAAAAAAAGGGGGGACUAAUGAGGAGGCCAAGUAUUUUGAAGGGGGGCAAGAUUUCCAGAUCCAUCUAGUUUACGUUAAACUCAUGUUGUAUUUUUUUUCUCAUGCGAUAUUUUAGAGGGGGGCAACAAAAUUUAGAGGGGGCCUGGUCUCCCUACUAGCGACGUCACUGUUACUUCCUCUUUUUAAGCGAAUUUCUUAUACCUGUAGAUAUUUUGCUGUACUUCUUAAUAUCAAAAGAAGUUAAAACUGCAGUUACCAUAAAACAUAGAUAGUUAAUAUAAGGUAAAAGGGAUAUACGUGUCCCAAACCUUCUGAGUUUUAAAAGCUACGUAACUAUAGAGAGUUAAAAUUGUGGCUUGUAGUGAAAACCCGUCCAAGAGAAUUGGUUAUUUGAAUUUGAUUGUACAUGCUGUCUGAAUCAUUAUAGUUGUAGUGACCUAUGAACCAAACAAGGUCCCAUCAAUGUAAUAUAAAUUAUAACUAAUU